GCUUAUUUCUAGUGGGAGAAGACUGUGUGAGUGCACAAACAGCAAACCCCCAGGGAGAUCUGCAGUGAGAAGGACCCUGCAAAUUGGAAGACUGUGACUUUGCCUUUAUUCCAGUGUGCGUGGGAUCAGAUUUAUCCAAAUAGACGUAUCCAACAUAUCGCUCAUGCCCAAAACAUCCAAAUAGCUUUUGAAAUUACUUUUUCUGUUCAUAAAUGUUGGGAGAGUAUAUAUAUGUAUUUUUACACUUGCAAAAAUGUUCUUCAGUGUCAAUGGAGCACUAGACAACCCCAGUGAAGAUCCUACUUCUGAUUCUCAAACUUAUUAACUAGAAGUCCUUUGUCUUGGCUCCAGACAGGACCAGAGACAUAAUUUUCAGGGCCCACUGAAGUAUGAAAAUGCAAAGUCCUUUGUUCAAAAAUCAUUAAGAAUUUCAAAACGGCAACAGUAGGCAUUAACCAAGCCCAAGACCCCUCUGAGCAGAGGGUGUUAUGUGACUGCACAAGUCACGCACCCACAAAGCCAGCUCUGGCUCCAGUCCCCAAAUCAAUCUCAACCACCUCUAAUUGAUUAGAGGCCUCUCUGAUUUAAUUCUCAGCCCUUCCAAAUUCUCAGAAGUUGGACCUCUUCUAGCUCUGUGUGUAUGUUCUUAAUUAGAUCCCAUCUCUUUUGAAGAGCUUUCGUUUUGGGGGCAUCAUACAAUUGUUACAUAUAUUCUUUUCCUAUUGACUUCCUGCAAGUGAAAAAGCUGGCUCUGUCUCACCCUCUCUCUUCCCAGCUUGUCCAGGAUCCAUGUACAGAGAAGGCUGCAGAUCUAGCCUAAAGCUCAGCAGCAAGGAAAAUCUCCAUGGGUCUAAUAAGGAGCAGUUUCUAAUGGGUCAUGAGGUCCCCACCCACCAGAGUCCCUCCCCAUGUGCCAGCAACCAGCACCAUGGGCAUUCUGGGAAAACCUCCUACCCAGGCCUUUGCCCUGGGUCCAGAGGCCGUGCCCUAUCUAGGUGGUCACUGAGGACAAGUGGAGGCCACACACAGCAGAAGUUCUGUUUUCCAGGUACCAAGGGUCAUAAUCCCAAACUCCAAACGCCAGCAGCUCCCGAGAUCAAGGGGAAAGCAGAAGCAGAGUGAGAGUUUGGGGAGAGGAAUCCCAUACCAGAUUCUGUGGCCUGCAGGUGACAUGCUGCCUAAGAGGAGCAGGGGCCUAUGACAGCCACCCCAACAUCUGAAGCCAUGGCCAGUGAGGAAGAUGAGCCUAGGAACUGCGUGGUAUGCGGGGACCGAGCUACAGGCUAUCACUUCCAUGCCCUGACUUGUGAGGGCUGCAAGGGUUUCUUCAGACGAACAGUCAACAAAAAAACUGGUCUCACCUGCCCCUUUGCUGGAAGCUGUAACGUCAGCAAGGCCCAGAGGCGCCACUGCCCAGCCUGCAGGUUGCAGAAGUGCCUAAAUGCUGGCAUGAAGAAGGACAUGAUCCUGUCGUCAGAAGCCCUGGCAUUGCGGCGAGCAAAGCAGGCCCAGCGACGGGCACAGCAAGCACCUACGCAGCUGAGUAAGGAGCAGAAAGAGCUAGUCCAGAUCCUCCUGGGGGCCCACAACCGCCACAUGGGCACCAUGUUUGAGCAGUUUGUACAGUUCAGGCCUCCAGCUCAUCUGUUCAUCCAUCACCAAGGCUUGCCCACCCUGGUCCCUGUACUGCCUCUGCUCACGCACUUUGCAGACAUCAACACUUUCAUGGUACAGCAAGUCAUCAAGUUCACCAAGGAUCUACCCCUCUUCCGGUCCUUGCCCAUGGAGGACCAGAUCUCCCUUCUCAAGGGAGCAGCUCUAGAAAUCUGUCAGAUCGCACUCAAUACCACUUUCUGUCUCCAAACCCAAAACUUUCUCUGUGGACCUCUUCACUACACAAUAGAAGAUGGAGCCCGUGUGGGGUUCCAGGAAGAAUUUUUAGAGUUGUUCUUUCGCUUCCAUGGGACACUGCGGCGGCUGCAGCUCCAGGUGCCCGAGUAUGUGCUCAUGGCUGCCAUGGCCCUCUUCUCUCCUGGUGAGCAUCCCCCCAAAGCCCAGAAGCUUUUGUUCCACCACGUCUGCCCAAACUCUCAGCUCCUUGAAUCCAUCCAUCCCAGGCCAUUUAGUCUUCAAACCCGUGGAAUGGGUCUAUCCCAGCCCCUGCAGCACAGUGCAGGCCCACCCCCAGCCCCUACCUUGUCCUUCCCCUGCUCCCUAUCUUACAGACCGGCCUGGGAUUACCAGGAGGGAAGAGAUUGAUCAGGUCCAAGAGGAGAUGGCACUGACUCUGCACAGCUACAUCAACGGCCAGCAGCCAAGGCCCCGGGAUC